GUUUUGUUCAGCUCGUAUCUGGCCCAAGCGCUGCACCAAGUCGUUAGUUUCAGCUGUUCUGGCCAGGAAUUGCCGUUAUUUACAUAUAUGCGCCUCGCCGCGCUCGCAUUUUUACGAGCCACGGCGACGACGUCGCGCCUCAGCCUCGCACCCACUGCCCGCUUCAGCGUCGUCGUCGCUCGCGCGAUGAGCGAGCUGGUUGGCGGCGGCGAUGAGCCCACGACGACCGCCGAGGAGCGCGCCGAGGCAGCGACGCUGCGAACGACGGAUGGCGCCGCGGCGGAGGUCGCACCGACCGUGGCUGGCUGCGUCUUUGCGGGACCUGGACGGCAGAAAUACGUGUUGGUCCAGGCCGGCGCGCGCUACUUCGUGCGCGGCGAUCCGCGAGCGUCGUACCACAUGGACGCCGCGCGGCCGCUCGUCGAGGAGCUCCGCGCGAUGGAGGUCGCGCACGAAGUUCUGGGCGGCGGCCGAAUUCAGUUCGAACCCGACGCAAAAACCAUCCACAUAUAUGGGCACUCUAUGGGCUUCCCGUGGCAGGGCGAGUAUCGUCACGACUUGUCCGCGAUGGUGUGCCAGGAGGCGUACCCGGACUUCACGGUGACCACGUCGAAUGAGGGGUACUAGUAAUCGAUCAAAUUGUCUCGAGACGAGUAGUAUCUCCCCAGCAG